GGCAGAGCAGCCCGUUGCCCAGCUGGUGCUGCGUUCAGGGCUCCUCGUAACUCCCAGUGUUCGGAAGGCGCAUUGACUCCAUUUCUGAUCGCACCUUAACUAUAAAUAGAAACGUGACUCUAGUGGUGUUGUUGCUCUAUGUAACUGUUUGUAAAUGUAAAUAAGGGUUUGGUGGUUACGUACCACGGUGUAUUUUCUUUCUUUCUUUCGUUUUUUCAACCCGCGUGCGUUUAUUGCCGAAAGCAAAAAACUGCAGCAGUCGUGUCAGAAACUAAAAUCACCAAACCGAUACCACACGGACUCCAACGAUGUCACGUGAAGGCAACAAGGGGGAUGCCAAAUACCAAUAUUCACACUGACCAACGAGUCCGCCAUAGCGCGUGGCAGAGGUGUAUGCACCUGCCGUCUGACGGACUGCCCGGCCACAAUGACGAGACGGACAGGAAGCGCCGGACUAUGUUUGUGUCGGCGGUAUGAAAACAGGCCCAGCGGAGCAUCCCUCCCUUUAAAGGAGCGCAGUGAUGAGUCAACCCUGAGCUCCCCGUCGGGGAACCCACCGGCUCUUUAUUAUGGGGCUCGUUUUCAUCUGAGGACAUGGGAGAAGGAGAUGCUUUGGGGUCAUCGCUGCUUAUCGGAUUCGCCUCGACUCUGAGGAGGAGGUCCUUAAUUAUGGGAUGGAGCUGAAAUGUGAAAAUCCUCGAUUUCAAGGACGCGUUUCUUUUCCUUUUUUUUUUUUUGAUUGAUGUUGAAAAAUAGGAUUACGAAGCCAUCAGAUCCCGUGUCGUGUCAGACGUAUUUUGUCUUUAUUUUAUCCAGUUGAUGACAAGCGGAAGGAAAUCUGCUGUCGUGUCCCGGCGUAGCUCCGUAACGAUGUGAUCACAUCUGCUGGCUUCUCCCCCGUCACGGUCGCUCAUCAUGCCGCGAGCUCUGCGGAGGCUGAUCCAUCUGGUGCUGUUCUGCCCUCUGUCCAAAGGGCUGCAGAGUCGUCUCCCGGCCAUCAAGGUGAAGUACCUUCUCCUGGCAUGGCUGGGCAUCCUCAUCGGCAGCUGGGUGGUCUACAUGCAGUAUGCCUCAUACUCUGAACUCUGCCGCGGGCACGUCUGCCACAUGGUCAUCUGCGAUCACUACAGAAGGGGCAUCGUGUCGGGCUCGUCCUGCAAGGCGCUGUGUGACCAGAGGACUCUGACUCUGCAGCACUGCAGGUCCACGUCCUCCACACAUCAGGUGUACGGCGCGCUGUGGAAGGAGAGGCCCGUGGUGGUCAAGUGUGGGCUCGAGGACGCGGUGAAGCUGGACGGGGCUCCAGACUCGCUGCUGCGGCAGGAGAUGAUCUUAUUCGACAAACCCACCCGAGGAACCUCCAUGGACGAGUUCAAAGAAAUGCUGCACGCUUUCCUCAAGGCUAACCUCGGGGAGCAGCCGUCUCUGGCCACCUUGGUGGACCGGGUGGUCACGCUCGCGGACGUCAACCAGGAUGGCAAAGUGUCUCUGGCGGAGGCCAAGUCCGUGUGGGCUCUUCUCCAGAUCAACGAGUUCCUCCUGAUGGUGGCGCUGCAGGAGAAGGAGCACACCCCCAAGCUGCUGGGCUUCUGUGGAGACCUGUACGUGACGGAACACGUGGGCCACAGCUCCCUCUACAGGCUGGAGGUGCCCCACUACCUGCAGGCUCUGGUCCCGGAGGCCCUGAGCUCCAGCCUGAACCACUGGCUGGCCCCGGCCUGGCCCCGGAGGGCUCGCAUCACCAUCGGCCUGCUGGAGUUCGUGGAGGAGGUCUUCCACGGCUCCUACGGCAGCUUCCUCAUAUGCGACGCCAGCCCUCGCCACGUGGGCUACAACGCAAAGUACGACUGCAAGAUGGCCGACCUGCGCAGCGUGGCGUCCGAGGCGGUGGUGCGGGGGUUCAUGAAGGGUCGGCGGUGCGAGACCAACGCCGACUGCACCUUCGGCCGCGACUGCACGGCCACCUGCGACCGGCUGGUGAAGCAGUGCAACACGGAGGUGGUGCAGCCCAACCUGGCCAAGGUGUGCGUGCUGCUGCAGGACUUCCUGCUCUUCGGGGCGCCCUCGGACCUGCGCGGGGACCUGGAGAAGCAGCUGCGCACCUGCGUGACGCUCAGCGGCCUGGCGAGCCAGAUGGAGGUGCACCACUCGCUCGUCCUCAACAACCUGAAGACGUUGCUGUGGAAGAAGAUCUCUAACACGCAGUACUCCAAAUGAGGGGUGGAGGUCGUGGACUAUGACGUGAACGUGAUUAUUAAUGUGCUUUCAUUCUGCAUUGACUGUGAAGAACAGGAAACUGUGAAAUACUGACUAUACAAUGUGAAACCCAGAAGAAGACUUUGUGUUAUUGUUUUGAGAAGCACAUGUAUCUGUUUAGACGUAAUAUUCUCAGGGCGCUGCCUAUGACUUAUUGAGUAAAUGUAGUUUUUAACAUAGUUUCAUAAAACCCUCUUGUCUUCCCCAUAGAGGCAGAAUGUCAAAAUGAGACUUCUUUUUGUACACCGGUAGAUAUUAAUGGAGCUUUGUGGUUUCCUGUGUGUAAAUGACAAAUAAUGGAUAUAAUAAUGCAUAUACACAGUCCCUCCGUGGUAUUGAUCUGAUAUCGGUUAUGUAUUUCAAAUCGACCCGAACAGAGUUGUAAUUGAGGGUCAGACGUUGAACUUGAAUGAACUUUUAAUCCAUAAAUAAACGGUUUUGAACAAUU